UACGUCCGGUGCGUCGCGCCGUAUAGACGCGUUGCGUCUCGUUGUUUCGGUAGAGACGCGAGAGAAAAGAUAAAAGAAAGGAGAGGAGAAGUAGUCCAUCGUGGUCGCGCGCUCACGAUGCGCCUCGAGCCAUCUCGUUCUUCUCUCGGUAAUCGCACCAAGAAGGACCCGAACGCGAAGGCAAACUUUGAUCCGAACGAUUCGACGAAUAAAAGAGGAACGUGGGAAGAGAGGAGGUGUCGUUUACGUCACCCGCCGAGGAUGAGAAGAAGGAGGAGGAGGAGGAGGAACGACGCGUUACGUUUUUCCGCCUCUCGGAUAGAUCCCGAUCAGGGAAUGACGAGUUACGAUCGACGAUUAUGAUCGUCAAGUAUAUUCCUUCGUUUCCCGGGAGAUUAAUAAGAAGGAACGUUCCUCUUUGUUCUUUCUUUUCUUCUUAUUUUCCUUCCUCCUCCUCCAAUUUCCCCUUUCCUUGAGCGAACGUAAAAAGAAACGCGAGAAGAGCCGUGAAUGUUGCAUGAAGUGAAAACGUCCUUCCUUCAUUCAUUCCGCAGCCAAGUUGGCAUGGAUUUUUUUCUUAUUCUUCUUUCCUUCUCUCUCUCUCUCUCUCUCUCUCUCCCUCUCUCUCUUUCUCUCUCUUUCGCUCUCUCUCGCUCUCUGCCGUUGUCUCAAGUGUGAAAUAGACGGAAAAAGAAGAAAAAAGGAGGUUGGAAGAGAUGAUAAAACGUUUAAUAGGGGAUGAGCGAAUAGAACGAGUGAAAAGAUCGUUGGUUUCCGAGCAUAGCAUUGUGCAGAGUUCUUGAUCAAAGUGCAAUUGUAUCUAGGUUGCUCCGAGUGAGCGCUUAGCUUUUACCGGUGUGUCUCUAUGAGUCUAGAAGGACUAUAAUUAGUAAGGUGCGAUCGGAAUCAUGGCUUGUAUCAGGGCACCGAGAUCCGUGCGCAGUUCUACCGACGAUAUUAAAGCCGAUUCUACUCGCAACAUUGUACAGAUCUACACCGACUGGGCGAAUUAUUAUCUCGAGCGAGGUGGCUCGAAGAGACGAGUCUCCGAUCUCCAAGCCGAUCUCUGCGACGGAGUGCUCCUUGCCGAUUUGGUGGAAGCUGUCACGAAUCAAAAGGUGAUCGACGUUAACCGGAAGCCCAAGAGCGUUCAACAAAUGGUCGAGAACGUGAACCUGUGCGUGGGAGCGCUCCGAGCGCUCGGGGCAGACGUGGGGGCUGUGAAUCCUGGAGAACUAGCGGCAGGAUCAACCCUCUGGCCGGUCCUCGCCCUGCUCUUCGCCCUCUCGCGCUACAAGCAAAGAGCGAAACAACUUCAAGAUAUGCCCAGAUUACCAUCACCGUACAACAAGCAAUCGGGUGUCGGUGGUGGUGCCGGGGUUGGGCCAGGGGGUGCGACGAGCAUACCUUUACCUGCGACGGUGGCCGCAACGAGACGAUGUCCUCCGGACAAAGUCAGACCUGCCCCAGCUCCCACGCAUCAGUCUCCUCUUGGAGGUCUGAAGCAAGGGAACGGCGGUGUGGGGAGUGCGAGCAGUUCGAGGAGUACCAGUCCGAGUCAACAACAGACACUGCAGACCGGUCUGUCCUUCAUUCCACAGCCGAGGGGUCAGAACGCGAAUCGGCAAGGCACUGGCGGGACCCCAAGUCCUAGAACGUCAGCCGUGGGCAGACCUAGUGGCAUUAGGACGACGACGACGACGACGACGACGACGACGACGGCGGCGGCGGUGGCGGCGGCCACGGCGACGACACAGGCUUGCCCGUAUUCCGGCAGUGGAAGUUCCACGGCGCAAAACAAAAACUCGGUUCUCGACAAGUUCAAGCUCUUCAACAACAAAGAUAAAAAUCAAGAGAGGGGAAAGGCCACGUCAGGCGUAUCGAAGCGUACGUCGAGCUCGUCCGGUUUUUCCUCGGCACGCUCAGAACACUCGGACAGUUCUACGUCGCUCUACGAUCAGGGUAGAAUCCAAGUCGAGCCGCCAAAGAGUCGGGCGUUAAAGUCCAAAUUGCAAUCGGGCAAGCAGACGGCUAAGCAGGCUAGCCCGAAGACGGUCAGGAAGGAACAAAAUAAGACUCAGAGUAGCAAGAUCGCCCGUACGAAAGGAUCGAUACCAGAAAAACUGACCGGUUAUACGAAUUUGCCGUUGGACGAUGUCAAAAGGGAAGGUGGAAAGAUUGCGAACGUUUGCGCUAAACUACCGGCGGACAAGAAGACCUCGAACUUGCAAGAUAUAUUGAAAAAUCAUUCGUCUACGCAAUCACAGAAAGGGAAUAAUCCGAUGUCGACGACGCCGGCGAAACAUAUCAGCCAACAGGAGAGCAAAAAUAUAUCGAAUUCUAGUAGAAACGAGCUGUCGAUAAAACAAACGACGCCUCGGCCGAAGAUGGAGCUUCCUGGUAAGAUGACAGAUCCGAAAGUUCAUUUACAGGCUCUCAAGGUACCUCCGAACGGAGUCAACAAGGAUAUGCUCCUACAAAAGAAUUUGCUAUCUAACGCGAACGGAAUCAUAUCGCGAACGGACCAGGAAGACGCGAACGUUCCGAACGCGCGAAACAAUCCUAGCCCGUUCGAUCGGCAUACGCAGUGCAUGAAUCAAGCAAAUUUACCUUACGAAAGGAUCGUCGAAAAGGAAAUUAACGUCGACUUGGCCGAGUCGAAUGAGGAACCGAAUCGAAAGCAGGACUCUUCGAUCUCGGACAAUUUAUCCGGUACUUCUUCCCCGUGGAAGGUGCAAAAAUGUGCGACUCGCGAAGAAGAGAGGGUAUCUAUGGACUCCCCGGAGGAGGAAGAAGAGGAGGAGGAGGAGGAGGAGCAGGAGGAGGAGGAGGAGGAAGCGACGGCGGAAGAUGGGGUGGAGGAGGAGAUCAAAAGGAAUGGAUUGGAUUCCUCGAACGUAUCGAAGCCGGGCUCGUCUCGGGACGACGAUCCAAGAACACGAUCGUCGUCGGAAAGCAAAGAUUCGAGGAUCAAGGAAGAUAACGUGAAUUCUGCUGAACCAUCUACGGGUCAAGUACAACAAAACGCAAACGUCCAUACAUUUCCACAAGGAAAACAGAUCUUAGGUGGCCCGUUUCAGGGGCCUACGCUGUCCGUAACUGGUCCGGGUUCUAGUAUACCAAAACCAACGGCUUUGGUAAAGGGUACUUCGAAGCCACCUAAAGAAAACACGGGACCGAGCGUGCCUACCCCGACUAAACUCAAGGGCGACAUUUUGCAUCGAGCCAAGCUCGACCCAAAUACGAUAGCGAUGGUCUCGCCGAUGCCAAGUAUCUCCGAUCUCAUGUCCGAGAGCUCUCAUAGCAAUUCCAAUAGCACGGGCCAAAGUAAUUCGAGCGACAGCAGCGUCAUUUACCGACCGAGCAGCGAGAGCGGUAGCGAGAUCAAGACGAUACCUAAUCGAAAGAUAGACACGACCUUCGAGCAAAUGGAAAAGGUUUUAUCAGAAGGUUCAACGUGCGGUAGUGGCGGCGGCGGCGGCGGCGGCGGCGGCGGCGGCGGCGGCGGCAGCGGCAGCGGCGGCGGAGGUUCGUUGGCCGACGACGAAGCCGAGAUGACCGUAAAGCCGAUGCAGCCUCUUCUCCGUGGUUACACGCCCGGUGCCAGAGCCCUACAGACCCUGCCGAGCAGAACGACGGCGCGACAAUACACGAUUCUUCAUUCCUCCUCUCAUCAUCACGUCUCUCACGAUUACGCGGACAUUGACAUAGCCUCGGGUUAUCUUAGCGACGGCGAAGUUCUCCGAGGUGGUAUGAGCGUCGGCAGUAGAACUCUGUCCGAUCUUUGCGACGGUUACAUGUCGGAGGGAGGCGCUUCCUUGUACGCGCGUAGGAUCAAUCCCGCUUACGGUCACGAUCGCGAGAGGUACGUAGGUGGCUCGCGACGAGAAUUGUCCGGGGUGAAGGAACUGGUGAGCUCGCGAAGGGUGCAGAAGAGACCGUCGGCGAACGCGGUGAGGUCGGAUGGAGCCGGAGGAGGCUGCAUCGUCGCCGGUACCGUCGGUGGAGGUAGUAGCCUCGUUGGAGGAGCAGGAGCCCUGUUAGGUGCUUGCAGCGGUGGGACCGACGCUUUGGCCGAACUCACAAUCGAGGAGCUGGCCUCGAUUCCGGCCGGAAAUCACACCUCCGCCAAUCACACGGGUCAUUCCACUCAUCACAAGAAGGUGCCGGGGGGCGGUGGCGUGAUCGUGGGGGGUGGCGGUAGUUCGGCCACCCCCCAAGGCGCGCAACAGAGUAAUAACCUGGUCUAUCGUGUGGUGAGUUCGAGGCAUCCCGGCAGUGGUCAUCAUCCUCACACGAAAAAAUCCGAUAGCUCCCAGCAGACCGAAAGUUCGGCGUUUAAGCAUCAGCAGCAACAGCAGGGAUCCAAUGGUUCGUCCAACAGCAGCUCCAACAGCCAACAAUGGAGAAAGUAUAUAGAAGCUGGCGCAGCGAGAGACCGAGAGAGAGACAAGGAGGGCGCACCACCGAGCCCUAGUCCCUCCAGACGAUCCCAGGAUAAACAUCGGAAACAGACCAUGGCCGAAUAUGCGAAUGGCGAGAAAGCACAGAAAGUUUCCUCGGGAACGUCGACCGGUGGUAAUAGCAGCAACAACAGCAGCGGCAGCAGCAGCAGCAACAAAGUAAGAGGAGUACCUCAGAGUUUUGGAUACGUGAAACGACAUAGUGCCGGCACCAGUCCUAGUCCGAACGGUGUUCAAAAUGGUAGCAAAGAUGCGGCAACGAGAACGGCUCAAGUCAGUGCGGUUCCAAGGACGAAGGUUAAAGUGUCCGGUGGCACUCAGACAUGCACCACAGAACUACAGGCAAAUUCAUCGAAUUCCAAUCAAGGCCAUCACUACAAAAGUUACAGCCUCACCGGACCGAGCGCCAGUCAACUAUCUCAGUCCGUUCGAGAUCGUCUGAUGCUCGGUUCUCAGAGCCUUCCGAAGCCAGGAAGUCCCGAAUUCACGGCUCUCUUUGCCGCAGCCCAUCACCGUGAAAGAGGAGCUGGUGCAGGACCGGUCAGCGCCUCUUUCUCACCUCGCGUCCUUAAACCUUCCGACGGAAGCCUCAGCGAUACCUGUAGCAACUACGCCGCUCCCGAUCUUCCAGGUUACUACACUCCUAACAGUCCCUACGCCACAUCCUGGAUGAGGCACAGCAAUACUUAUACUCCAAGUGGACGUUCGCAAGGUAUGGGAUUAUGCGAAGCCGACAGCGUAGAAUCUUUAGGAUCGCAUAGAGCGAGCUUAACGCAUGCUCGUCUGCUGAUGCAUCAAAGGGACUCUACGGGAUCCCCAGCUCCCCCGAGACUCAAUAGGAGUAAUUCGAUUAGCCAUCUACGGGACAGGACAUUUCCAAGAUCCACUAAAAGCGAGAAAAUGUAUCCAUCGAUGCUAGCACGAGGGAGCGGUACGUCGUCGUCCGUUGGCGAGGAAGCCGGUAUCGGGAUGGGUAUUGGCGUAGGCGUAGAACCAUACUACAGUGUCCCAGUUGGCUCAGCGGGAUGCACCGGUCAACAUUGGUCUCAACCGACUUCCCCGACACCGACUCAUACGUCCCGACAGCCACCUAAUUUGUACCAACACGUACACAAAGACGACGAUAUACACGGCUCCUCCGUAUCCUUAGUGUCGACAGCGAGCAGUCUCUAUAGUUCGGCGGAAGAAAAACAGGCACACGAAUUGAGAAAAUUACGAAGAGAGCUGCUGGACGCUCAAGAGAAGGUUCACUCGUUGACCAGCCAACUAUCGACCAACGCACAUGUCGUGUCCGCCUUCGAACAAUCCCUGUCGAACAUGACGCAACGAUUGCAGCAACUCACGGCAACGGCUGAAAAAAAGGAUUCCGAAUUACAAGAGUUACGUGAAACGAUCGAGAGGCUUCGAAAGCAAAGCGCGGAGGCUGGAUUGAACAACGGGGGAUCAGGCAACAAUGGUCGUCGGCACACUCUCGGUGAUUCGGAUUCCGGCAAUACAGGAUGCACCGGCGGCGGUGGCGGUGGUGGCGGCGGCGGCGGCGGCGGCGGCGGUGGUAACGGGGGACAUCAUCAGGGUGCAUCGAUGGCAAGACAGCUGUCGGCGGACAGCGUCACUUCUCUCAACUCCCUGAGCAGCGCUUGUUCCGCGAGUAGUAGCCAUCAGAAGAAGAAGGGUUGGUUGCGUAGCUCCUUUUCGAAAGCAUUCUCCAGAUCGCGAAAGAACAGGCAUGGUUCCGUUUCUGAUGCCGAGGAUUGUAAGGACGGUGCCAGCGGAGAAUUGAGCGUCCCAAAUAGUCCGAGGUUACCGACGGCCUCGAAACACGAAACCGCGAGGAAUCAAAGUGCUGGAGCAAGGAGCAACGGACAAAAAUCACCGGAGCCUGAAAAUCCUCUGACCGGUAGCAAGAGUAGCUCGGCUCUUUAUAAGAAGGAGGACGAGGAUGUGGAUGAAUUGAAGAAACAACUCAGGGAAAAGGAUCUCGUUCUCACGGAUAUCAGAUUGGAGGCACUCUCCUCGGCCCAUCAAUUGGAAUCAUUGAAGGACACGGUCAUCAAGAUGAGAAACGAAAUGCUCAAUCUGAAGCAAAACAACGAACGCCUGCAGCGGCUGGUAACUUCGAAAUCUCUUACGUCCUCUCAGUCGUCUCUACCGAGCGAUCCCGAUAGGCGUUUCAGCAUGACGGAGGUGGCCUCGAGCGUUGCUGCCCUUUCGAAUGGCGAUAGCAGUUCGACUGCCGAUCAAUUGGAAGAUCUCAACGUGCCCGAACAUUCGGUCGUACCAUCGGCGACUUCGGCUACGAGCGGCGAGCCAGCAUUAGACCACGACACUGACGGAAAGAGAAUUAACGUUGCCGUCUAUCUCGGGAGCGAAAAAAAUUUCAAUUACAAUCUAAUAUCGGGUAAUAAUUCGGACAGCGGCAUCAUCGGCGAGCCUCCGCAUUGCAUUAUCGCAAACGUUUGCAUCAGUAACAAAACGAGCUGGGAUGCUCUAGACUCGAUCGUACGACGAUGCUUCAAGGAAUACGUAUCGAGGGUCGAUCCCGUCACGAAUCUGGGUCUCGGCGUUGACUGUGUCGCAGCUUAUCAUCUCGGUGAAGCUUCGAGAUGUACGACGGAUUCUCAGCACCCGGAAUUACUACCGUGCGGUUAUCUGAUAGGACACGUGAAAACUAUUUAUCUGGUGCUCUCGGGUUACUCCUGGCUCGCGAUUGACACUCUGAUACCACGCUCUAUCGUUCAACGACUAAUAUCCCUGUUAACGGAACAUCGCAGAGUCAUCCUUUGCGGACCUAGCGGUACCGGAAAAAGUUACUUGGCAGGAAAACUGGCUCACGCUCUCGUGGACGCCGAUACGGACUCGAAAGACGCGGCUGCCGUGGCCACCUUCAUAGUCGAUCACAAGUCGAGCAAAGAACUCAAGCAAUAUCUCGCUCAUAUCGCCGAAAGAUGCGACUCUAAUGCGGCCGACGAAUUGCCGAGAGUGAUAAUCUUGGAGAAUCUUCAACAUGCCGCCUCUCUCGGUGAACUUUUCAGUGGUCUUCUCGGUACAAGACACUCGUCCUGUCCCGCGAUUAUUGGAACCAUGAGUCAGGCUACUUGCAGCACCACGAAUCUUCAAUUACAUCAUAACUUUAGGUGGGUACUGUGCGCCAAUCACAUGGAACCGGUUAAGGGAUUUUUGGGCCGUUACCUCAGGCGUAAGCUAUUAGAACACGAAUUACGUGAAUCGGGUGGCACGAGAAACGCAGAAAUGGCAGCUGUCGUAGAAUGGCUCCCACGCGUCUGGCUACAUCUUAAUAAGUUCCUAGAAACGCACAGCAGUUCCGACGUAACGAUAGGCCCUCGACUUUUUCUCUCUUGCCCCAUGGAAGUGGCAGGUUCUCAAGUUUGGUUCACGGAUUUGUGGAACUAUUCUGUAAUACCGUAUCUGGUUGAGGCUGUCAGGGAAGGCCUAACGUUAUAUGGAAGGCGAGCAAGCGGAAGUGGAAAUGGCGAAUCCACAUGGGAAGAUCCUGCACAAUUCAUUACCUCCAGUUAUCCGUGGAUCUCUACGCACGCUGUACACGAUGGUAGCGACGCUCUUCUUCGGUUAAGACCCGAGGACGUUGGUUACGACGUCGUUACCUCCGGACAUACCUCGGGCGUAGGUGCGUCCAGCGUAAAGAGCCUCGGCAGUACACACAGCGACACCGAAGGAGAUCCUCUUUUGAACAUGCUGAUGAGACUUCAGGAAGCCGCCAAUUAUUCGAGUCCCCAUAGCAAUGACAGCGAUUCCGUCACUUCGCUCGAUUCGUCUCAUACUCGACAUUCGGAGGAUCUCAGUUCUUCGACGUCAUCGUCGAGAGGCGUAGAAUCCGCGCUCUGAAAUAAAAAAUACGACUCGAGAAUAUUGUUUAGACGGGAGAACGUUUAGGAAACCAUCGUAACAAGAUGAUUAUGAAAUUAUCGAGAUAAUUGUAGGUCAAGUAAUAAUCAACAGAACAAGACCCCGGAAGGUGAGCGAUGGGUGAGCGAUGGGUGAGCGAUGGGUGAGCGAUGGGUGAGCGAUAAAUGAGCUACGUGAUUGCAAAAGUUUUUUUCUACGAAAAAAGUGCCGCAUAACGUAUCCCGAUGCGGCACACAUUUCCGACGUGAAAAUUAAUAAUGUUAAUUAAUGUAUAAUCAUACCAAUAUUAUUAUAUAUUCUCGGCCAAUCCAAUAACUGUGUAUGAUACGACUAUCGUGCAGGGACUUUCAAUUCCCUUUUUCUUCUUUUAAUUUCUCUUUAUUUCCUUUCGAUCUUUUUUCAUUCUUCCAAGUAACUAAAUUUAAAUUUUGCAUGCAAAAUAAUGUCUCAUAUACAUUUAAAAACAUCUCUAGUACCUAUGGUUGGCCUAUAUCUAAGUUCUACGUGCAUCGAGCACUUUGGUGUGAUAUUUAAUUGAAUAAGUAUAAAUGACAAAUAUAAGGAGAUAAUUCCGUGGGAUUUUUUCUCUCUCUCUCUCUCUCUCUCUCUCUCUCUCUCUCUCUCUCUCUCUCUCUCUCUCUCUCUCUCUCUCUCUCUCUCUCUCACUCUCUCUCUCUCUCUCUCUCUCUCUCUCUCUCGAAUAGAGAUAAAUCGUACGGAGAUAAAUCGUACCGUCUCCAUGCAAUAAUCAAUGCUGCCGUUACCGAAGUACGAAUUUCUUUUGAACGAAUGCAUUUCUAUGAUCGAUUUGUUAUACGAGAGUCGUGCAAGUAAAGCCUAUAAAGAAAAAAAAGUGAUAUACUCAAAAGUUUUGCUGGUAUACAGUAUUAUCAUAGAACGUAGAAAUAUGGACUAAGCGAAGAUGUAGGAAUGGCAAAGUCUGGCUAUUCCACUCGUCCACUAUUUUCAGGUAAUCUAUAAUCUGUGUUUUCUUAGACGGAUCUCAUGGACGGAUGGUUCGAUGCAGCAUAUAUGUAUUUGUUUCGCACUCGAGAACGCGAAGCAAAUUCGAGAUAAUCGUGCGCGCGAGGAUAGUCUAUUUAUACAUACUUUGCUACGAAAGCUCUAUUUAAUUAUAAAAAAAAAAACAAAAAAAUGUUACUAUAUA